GCCAUUCUGGUUUCAGAGGCUGGGGCAUUUACUGAUCCGCGUGAUGUCACGGCUCUUCAAGAUCUUUACAGAGCCCUUAACCACCCACCACAGCUGAAGGGAUGGAGAUCAGACGGCGGGGAUCCUUGUGGUGAAUCAUGGGGUGGAGUGUCAUGUUCUGGGUCAUCUGUAAUAUACCUUAAACUUCAUGGUCUGAGUCUCUCAGGCUAUCUUACUGGCGAGCUCUAUAACUUCUUCAAUCUGAAGCAAUUGGACGUUAGUUCGAAUAACAUUGUGGGUGAAAUUCCAUAUGUCUUACCCCCUAAUGUUACUCAUAUAAAUAUGGCAUGCAAUUAUAUGACCCAAAAUAUUCCCCAUUCUUUACCUACCAUGAAAAGCCUCCGACAUUUGAAUCUAAGCCACAAUUUGUUAUCUGGACCUAUUGGCAAUGUAUUUACCGGCCUACAGAAUUUAAGAGAACUGGAUUUGUCAUAUAAUAACUUCACUGGAGAUCUACCAAGUUCAUUUGGAUCCUUGACAAAUCUCACUGGAUUGUACUUGCAGAAUAACAAAUUUACCGGAUCAGUUGCUUAUCUAGCUGAGCUUCCGCUAACUGAUAUGAACAUUCAAGAUAAUUAUUUCAGCGGUAUCAUUCCAAAUCAUUUUCAGUCCAUACCAAAUUUAUGGUUUGGGGGAAAUAAUUUUCAUGUAGGGGAUAACUCUCCACCCUGGGACUUCCCUCUGCAAACCCAGGCAACUGCCAUUGAACAGAACAUCCCUGCCCCCCCAGCAACUCAGUCAAGUGCCAUUGCGAAGAACCCCUCUAAGAAAUUAGGUGGACUCAAGAAGAAAAGGAUUGGCCCUGGAGGAAUAGCAUUUUUGGUUGGUGGAGGAACUCUAGUGGCAUCAUGUGUUGCCCUUUACAUUGCAGUUCGCAUCAAUCAAUCGCGUGCACAGAGGCUUAUAACCUUGGGGAGCAGUAAUAGCUCAAUGCAUUCUCUCUCAGUCAGAAAUACUGCCAGAGAAGAAAGCCCACAAAUAUUGGCCUUCAGGUCACCCAUUCUACCUCCUAGACGACUACCUCUUGCUUACAGAAUGCAGAAAAAUCCUAGAAGAAAAAGUUUCUCUGAUAAGUACAGAUUCCCAAUGAGAGCAAAGCAGUACACUGUGGCAGAGCUUCAAUUAGCUACAAACAGCUUCUGUCAAGAAAACUUACUGGGUGAAGGAUCUCUUGGUUCGGUUUACAAGGCCGUGUUUCCUGAUGGCCAAAUUUUGGCUGUGAAGAACAUCAACAUGGCAGGAUUGUCUUUCAAUGAAGAAGAACAAUUCUUGUAUGUCAUUUGGACUGCUUCGCGUCUGACUCACCCAAACAUAGUACCACUGGUUGGCUAUUGUGUAGAGCAUGGACAGCAUCUUGUUGUGUAUGAGUAUGUUAGAAAUUUAUCCCUUCAUGAUGCUCUGCACAGUGAUGAAUACAAGCCUUUGUCAUGGGGCCUUCGUCUCCAGAUUGCUCUUGGUGUUGCACAAGCAUUAGACUAUUUGCACUCCACAUUCACACCACCAGUUGCUCAUAGCAACUUGAAGAGUGCCAAUAUCUUACUUGAUGAAGAACUUGCUCCUCGAAUCUGUGACUGUGGGCUUGCAAUUUUGAGGCCACUUACAAGCAAUAGGCUUAAGCUAAAGGCUUCAGAAAAUGCUAUCGGUGACACUGGCUACAUUGCACCUGAGCAUGGCCAACCAGGCAUUGAUAGCACAAAGUGUGACAUCUAUGCCUAUGGAGUGUUGCUUUUGGAGCUACUAACAGGAAGGAAACCUUUCGAUAAUUCAAUACCAAGGGAGGAGCAAUCACUGGUGAAAUGGGCUUCAUUCCGGCUUCAUGACAGUGAGAGUCUGGCUGAGAUGAUCGAUCCCGGCAUUAAAAGGACAUUUUCCUCCAAGGCUAUCUCCCAAUUUGCUGACAUUGUCUCCCUCUGUAUACAGCCUGUGAAGGAAUUCCGACCGCCGAUGUCUGAGGUUGUGGGAUCUCUAUCAAGACUAAUCCAGAAACUGAAUUACAUGGGGAAAGGUAAAGGAGUAGAUGGUUAUGGUGUUCAAGUUGACCCUUUCGAGAGAUCUUUCCGUUCAACCAACAGCCAGUUCAUGGGCUCACCUUCAAUGAGCUAUUUGUCCAUUUGAUCGCUGCACACAAACUGAAUCUGCUGCGUUGGAUGUUUGCUACAAGAUUGUGUUCUCUCGCAUGACAAAUGCUGUAUAUUCUUUUGUACAGGCCUUCUUUUCAUGAAUUGGCAUAUUUGGCAAUCUUUGCCAUAAGGGAAAUUAAAGGGUCCAAAUAUAUACGUACAAUUGCUAUCUGUCAUUUUUGUAGACUACACAAAGUUGAAGUG